CUGGCCAGCACCAUGACUGAUGAUGAGCUGUCUGCCUUGGUGGUGGAUAAUGGGUCAGGGAUGUGCAAGGCAGGCUUUGGUGGUGACGAUGCCCCCCGGGCUGUGUUCCCCUCUGUGGUAGGGCGUCCCCGGCACCAGGGUGUCAUGGUAGGCAUGGGCCAGAAGGACUGCUAUGUGGGGGAUGAAGCCCAGAGCAAGAGGGGCAUCCUGACCCUGAAGUAUCCCAUUGAGCAUGGAGUGGUCACCAACUGGGAUGACAUGGAGAAGAUCUGGCACCACACUUUCUACAAUGAGCUCCGCGUGGCACCAGAUGAGCACCCCAUCCUCCUCACCGAGGCCCCCCGCAACCCCAAGAUCAACCGAGAGAAAAUGACUCAGAUCAUGUUCGAAGCUUUCAACACACCUGCCAUGUAUGUGGCUAUCCAGGCUGUGUUGUCCCUCUAUGCCUCGGGCCGGACCACUGGCAUCGUGAUGGAUUCUGGAGAUGGGGUCACUCACACAGUGCCCAUCUAUGAAGGCUACGCCCUGCCCCAUGCCAUCCUCCGUCUGGACCUGGCUGGCAGAGACCUGACUGACUACCUCAUGAAGAUCCUCACGGAACGAGGCUACAACUUUACCACCACAGCCGAGCGGGAGAUUGUCCGCGAUAUCAAAGAGAAGCUGUGCUUCGUGGCCCUGGACUUUGAACAAGAGAUGGUCGGUGCUGCUUCAUCCCCCUCACUCGAAAGAAGCUAUGAGCUUCCUGAUGGGCAGGUGAUCACCAUUGGGAAUGAACGCUUUCGAUGCCCUGAAGCCAUUUUCCAGCCUUCCUUUCUGGGCAUUGAGUCCAGCGGGAUCCAUGAGACAACCUUCAACUCUAUCACGAAGUGUGACGUGGAUAUUCGCAAGGACCUGUAUGCCAACACCGUGCUGUCUGGAGGCAGCACCAUGUACCCUGGCAUUGCUGACCGGAUGCAGAAGGAAAUCGUAGCCCUGGCACCCAGCACCAUGAAAAUCAAGAUCAUAGCUCCCCCAGAGCGCAAGUAUUCCGUUUGGAUCGGGGGCUCCAUCCUGGCCAGCCUGUCCACAUUCCAGCAGAUGUGGAUCAGUAAGCAGGAAUACGAUGAGGCUGGUCCUCCCAUUGUCCACAGGAAAUGUUUCUGAAUGGGCUUCCACACUUGUGCCCUUACAUUUUCCUCAAUUUCUAGACCCUAGCAAUGGUACUGCUUUUAUCGACUUUCAGUUGAGGCAAGGUAAAUCAUUCAGUCUUGCUAGUGUACAAACCAGCAAACUCACCUCCAACUAAGCAUUGUGGGCUCCCACCCA